GUCGAGCAUGAGGGCUGAUUUGCACUUAACCGUAUUUUCCUAAUGAUUGAAGCACUUGGAAAGUGUAUAAUCCAUUGGAUUGGAUCUUUCGUCGUCGACGCCAUUUGUCUGACAUCUCUGCAAAAAGUGCCAGCAAUUUCUUUCGUUUCAAUUUCCUCUGUCCUCGCCGUCUCCGAUCCCAAAACCUGUAACCAUCCUUCUGUCCGGCGAGCCAGGUUUCUGAACAAAAGGAGAUAAAAGAGAAGAGGAAUUCUCCGGCUGUCUCCUUUUUCAUCGCUCUUUCUGGAAUCAUUUGCAAUUUUACUUCCCCCGGCUUUCCACAUCGCCAACAAGCUCCGAUCGGCUGCAGGAGCCGGCGGUUGUUUUGGGGUCUUUCGGCGAUAUUGAAUUUCCUUUGUAUCGUCCAUUUGGAGGGAUGGAAAUGAAUCCGGAUGUAAGAUUUGCUUCUGAAUUUCGGUCAUUUCUGGUUCGGAACUAUUGAAUUAGGUUAUCGAUAUUCACUAUCGUCGGCUUUUUUCCUAUAGGGUUUUUGUUGCUAGCAGAUAUGGUUAUAUAGAAUUGUAAAAGGAGGCGGAGGCGGAGGACCUUUUGGGAGAGAAUUGUUUUCCACGGGGGAUUGUAAACGAUGCAUUUCUUCCCUUUCAGCUCAAGCUCUAACAAUGAUGGCGGGAGUCGUAUUCCGGUAUAUCUGAAUGUGUAUGAUCUUACCACUGUAAAUAACUACCUCUAUUGGUUCGGGCUUGGGAUCUUCCAUUCGGGUAUCGAAGUCCAUGGAAUGGAGUUUAGUUUUGGAGCACAUGAGUACCCUAGCAGUGGGAUAUUUGAGGUGGAACCACGAAGUUGUCCAGGCUUCAUCUUUCGACGAGCAGUGUUGCUGGGCAACACCAGCUUGUCACGGGAAGAAGUUCAGGCAUUAAUGGAACACCUUUCAUCAGACUACCAUGGUGAUUGUUAUCAUUUGAUUGCCAAGAAUUGCAAUCACUUCACAAGUGAAGCGUGCGUGAAACUAACUGGAAAGCCAAUUCCAGGAUGGAUAAAUCGGAUGGCUCGGUUAGGUUCCUUCUGCAAUUGUCUACUGCCAGAGAGCAUUAAGGUAGCACCAGUUCGACAUGUACCUGAACACGCCGGAUAUUCUGAUGAUGACGCCUCAGGAUCUAUCAUAUCAUCCGCUUCAUUGGCCAGCGACGAAGAGAAUUCAAAUCACCAUCUGCUGCCCAUACCCAAUGGCGAGGUUGAAUUUAUAAAGGAAAAAGAAAAACCAAUCAGGCUAGCCAAAGAUAUACUGUAGAAGAUGUUUUCUUGUGAGAUAUCUAUUUUUUUUUUUUUAUCCCUGUGCCUUCUCUUUCACAUCUAGCAUUGUGUGCUGAUUGCAUCGCCUUUUCGCUCGAGACUUCUGUGAUGCAUCAUUUUUCUGAUUGUUUGUUGUGUUCAUGUAUUGCUUAUUUCACUCUUUGAGAGCUGACAAGUAUGGAUCCUCAUGUAUGCCGCUUGAUGUAUAUAACCAAACCUCUUUUUUCUUUUCUGUUGCUGAUAGGUUUCUGUGAGAUGUAGAGAAACUUAAAGACUCUUUGUUCCCACUCUUGUUUGGUUUGCCACUGGAUGUUUGUAUGAUGUUCCCAUUGAACUCAGGAUCGGUACAUAACCCGCUAAAAAGACGAGGGAUGAGGGAUGAGACCAUAUUGAAAAUACAUUUGAUCUGAUCCG